AGUUCCGUCUAACUACUAGUGAGCUGGAAACCAUCAUUUUCUUCCUAGACCUUCGACUCUCGUCAUUGUCGUUCAGUAGCCAAGUGUAAUUCGACCCGUUUUGGCGAACUUCGCUAUUUUUCAUUUAUUCGUUAUUGUUCAAUCGCAUUAAAUUACACAUCGCCUUGGAAACAUUGUCAUUUGUUGGCAUUCCGUCGUUGUGUUGGACGAUUAUCGGCGUUUGCCUCAGUGAGUGUUCAUUGCAGGCUGGGUGGUGACAGCGUUACAAUGAUCGAGAGACCAGAGGCUGCCAUUCCGAGCAUUGCUCAGCGGAAUCUGGAGGGCUAUGUAGGAUUUGCUAAUCUUCCCAACCAGGUGUAUCGAAAGUCGGUUAAAAGAGGCUUUGAGUUUACAUUGAUGGUUGUCGGUGAGUCUGGUCUUGGGAAAUCUACACUUAUAAAUUCCCUCUUCUUGACUGAUCUCUACUCCAAGGACUACCCUGGGCCGUCGCAACGCAUUAAGAAGACUGUGCAGGUGGAGCAGUCCAAAGUGCUCAUAAAAGAAGGGGGGGUCCAGCUGACCCUCACGAUUGUUGACACCCCAGGAUUUGGAGAUGCAGUAGAUAACAGUAACUGUUGGCAGCCAGUCAUCAAUUAUAUUGACAGCAAGUGUGAGGACUUCCUGAACGCAGAAUCAAGGGUGAACCGCAGGUCGAUGCCAGAUAAUAGGGUCCACUGCUGUCUAUAUUUCAUUGCGCCCUCAGGACACGGUCUGAAGCCUCUUGACAUUGAGUUUAUGAAGAGACUCCACGACAAAGUCAACGUCAUUCCGCUUAUUGCAAAAGCUGACACGCUGACCCCAGAAGAAUGCCAACUUUUUAAGAAACAGAUAAUGAAAGAGAUCCAGGAGCACAAAAUCAAAAUUUAUGAAUUCCCGGACACGCACGAUGACGACGACAACAAGCUCAUCCGGAAGAUAAAGGAGAAGAUGCCACUGGCUGUCGUUGGCAGCAACGUUGUCAUUGAGGUGAAUGGCAAGAAGGUCAGAGGUCGCCAGUACCCGUGGGGCGUGGCAGAAGUGGAGAACGGCGAACAUUGCGACUUCACUGUUUUGCGCAACAUGUUAAUCAGAACGCACAUGCAAGAUCUGAAGGACGUUACCAACAACGUCCACUAUGAGAAUUACCGUAGUAGGAAACUUGCAGCCGUCACCUGUAACGGAGUGGACACCACCAAGACCAAAGGACAACUUACCAAGAGUCCGCUGGCACAAAUGGAGGAGGAGCGAAAGGAACAUGUGAUGAAGAUGAAGAAGAUGGAAGCAGAAAUGGAACAAGUCUUUGAAAUGAAAGUGAAGGAAAAGAAGCAGAAACUGAAGGAUUCAGAGGCUGAGCUGGAGCGGCGUCACGAGCAAAUGAAGAGGAACUUGGAGGCGCAGUACAAAGAACUGGAAGAGAAGAGACGAGUGUAUGAAGACGAGAAAACCAACUGGGAAGCUCAGCAGAGAAUCUUGGAGCAGCAGAAACUGGACGCCUCCAAGACAAUGGAGAAGAACAAGAAGAAAGGAAAAAUCUUUUGAAGAGUGAAUUUAUUUUCGGUUACACACACACAAACACACACAUGAAUAUUGUUACUCUCCAUAGCAUUUUUCUGUUUGAUAUUUUAAAACUAACAUGCACGUCAGCCCUCAUGUUUGUUAUUUUGGUGACUUUCUUGUCAAAUGUUGUCCUUGUUGUUCCCAACACAAUUUAUACACAUGUAGUAAUUAUACUCAGAGUACAAAGAAGUACUACUACUACUACCUUAAGUUCUACACUAUGUCCAUGUGUUGUACAGCGUAUCGUACUUGUGAGAGGGUGUUUGAAGAGCCGCGGUCACAUGACAUGACAAAACGUUGACGUGACAAAACGUAUGACCACUAGGGGUGUUAUGUACGCUGUCGUCACGCUUCGGUACGUACCUCGGUCUUAACCUCAUAGUCCAUUUUGGGUAGUGCAAGGGAAAAAAAUAAACACUUCCUGUCCCGUGUAGAAUAUGGAAGAAUACGGUUACAAAUACCUGUACCGUUACUCUGCUAUGGCUACAGUAGUCUGCUUGAGAUAGAAAAAAAAAUCACACACUAUCAGAUUUAGUUUUGUCGGUUAGCAAGCUGACAACAUACAAAAUAUGUGCUGUGUAUUUUCUCAGUAGUCAAAGUGCAAGUUCACCAAAGACUCAAUUUGGAAGUAGACAUGAGAGUUGUGAAUGUUGGACAAGAAUAUUCAAAGCUACUGCAAAAAACAGUGUAUUUAAGAACAAUAAUAUUAACGAUAACCAAAAAGUGCAACUAUUUGGCCUUCCGGCUGGAAAGCACGCCCCUAGAAAGCAGAGCCACAAGGCACGCAGGGAAGAAAAAAUAACAACCAAGCGUUACAGGACAAACAGAGAGGACAAACAAACGUUAUAAAUAAUCGCUGCAUAUGUAAUUUUACCGCAAGCAUGUUCCUAGCCCCAUCCUGCUCUGUUACUGACAAGAACAUAAUAGCAAGCUUCCUAAAACAUUCUUACUGUCCCCUGUGAUGCGCUGUUAGUGCCACACUAGGUCUUGUUAACAGUUUACUGGGUUCGAAUCCCAUUACGGAAGGUUUGCAGAUCGUGAAAUGUGUUUUUUUGCACGAAACAAAUCGAUUAUUGAACAAUAUAUUUUAAUUGUUUUACUCCAAAAAUGCAUCAAAUUAAAUUAAAAUUUGACUGUUUUUUGCUUCGGGUCUCUCUGCCAUGUCGUUUCUCCCCCCUUGGCUUCAAGACAAAGCACAGACAGGAAAUGCAAGAAUAAAAGAUGUUGUGUUACAUGUGAUUUAAACUGAAAGUGGGCCUCAAGGACAUCACCUUUGCAGCGCUUUUACGGUAUUAUGCAAAACUUUCAACUGAAAGUGGGCUUCAAGGACAUCGCCUUUGCAGCGCUUUUACGGUAUUAUGCAAAACUUUCACAUGGCGUAGAAAAAUGUUUUAUAGCGUCGUGUAACUGGGGAGUGUUGUCAAGGUCUUCUUUGAAUAUAGAAUAGCCUUAUCUGUAUAAUACAGUAGAACACGCUUAUGUUUACAGCCUGAUCCGCUUAAGUGCACGCUUAAGUCAACAUAUGUGAACCCCAAAGGACUAAUUUCUAUGAAAAAUGGUUUAUCAGUCCCUUCAGGAAUUUGCGAUGGCACCAAUUAAUGCAAAUUAAAACCAAUUUCCUACAAAUUAUGCGGGGAACAAAAACGUUUAACUCUUUAUUGACCAAACAACACAACUGUUGUCCUCCUGCAUAGCCCAGAACUACUUCCUGUUACUGUCUACAGCGCUGAGCCUUCUGGGUAACGUAGUAUACAAACAUUAACUUCCUAAUUUACAUGUAUUUAUAUAUUUAUUUAACAUUAUUUAUCCAGGCUUAGACCAUUAAGAACAUAUUUCUUUCAUUUGCAAUACUGACCUUGCUAAGAGGCAGCAUUUACAUGUUAGAGAUGUUGAAGUGUGAUGAUAAUCUCUAAUCCUCUCUCAUUUACCCAACAAAAAUGAGCGCUAUAGAUCAACUAUAGAACAGUUUACUACUUUCAAGUGUAAAACAUACACAAAGAGUAACUGCAAAUUGUACAUGACAAAGUACAAAGAAUAAGGAAGCCUUUGGUGAUGUUUCCUUCUGUAGUUGUAAUGAAUUAUUAGUUACAAUUAUUUAAAAGAGUAGAGUAAUUUGACAUUGAGAUCUGAGUAUGUGCUUUUACUGCCAUCUAGUGUCUACUUUUAGGUAUGAGCUGUAUAACGAGUAAAACAUCAAUGCACUAUUUGUUUUCCAAUUUCUGUUGCAAUCCUGUACUAUUUUAGGUUAAGGUUACAAGGAACACAUUGAUAACAAAUUCAUAAAAAUAAGAAAUUCAUACAAUUUUAAAGAAACUAAUUAAGGCAUUUUAGGCUGCAACAAUCACAAAAAAGCCUGCAAGCUGUUGGAGGGACUGAUAUACGUCGACAUGUGUUUUUAACUUCAUCAUAUUCACUAGGCAACAUAACUUCUAAUUACACACGCUAACUUCCUGUUCAGUGCAAAAUAAGCUUAUGUUAACUCCUCCUUAAAGGAGAACUGUACUUUUUUGGAAUUAUGCUCAUCAUUCACAAUCAUUAUGAAAGAUAAGAUGACGGAUGUAUUUUUUCUAGUGCAUUCUAACUCUCAAAUAAAAGUAAAUCUAAGUCCGCUGACAGCGGAGCCGAUGGGAGGUCCUCUAUUUCGCCCAUAAAAUCAAAUAAAUAACCUUUCAGUGUGCCAACAAUACUCCAUUUAGAUUUGGUGAUUUAAAUAUAAACCAAGUAUUAGUGAUAUUGUUAUUAUAAGUGCUAACGCAGACAAACUAUUUAUAACGGCGCCGUGAUCACAAAACUGUGUACAAUUUCAACAUGAUCGACUGGCGAGGUGUUUCCUCAAUUUUGUGCUCCCUGGAAGUUUAUUGUAGAUCAUAAAUCAUGCCUCUCACCUGGACAGAAGAAGUCUGAGUAGGUAUUCCGACAAGUUGGUACACUUUGACAGCCAUUUGGGUCCCGGAAACGGCGAGAAUGACACAAAAAGACGCUUGCUUUUUUCGCAGUUCCCCUUUUGAGUUGUCAUGAGGUGCGUGGACUUAACUGUGUUCCAGGUUUUGGACGACCUAUGCUCACACCUAACAAGUCUUAGAUGUCAAAUAGAAUAUUUUCAGUCCUUCAAAGCUCUUGUAUUUCUUACCCAGAUGUGUCAUGUCUUAUUUUCUUAAAAUUAUAGUAAUAUUAUAUGGAAUAUGAGACAGCUUCCUUGUACGUUUCUUGAGUGACUCUUAUAUGAAACCAGGAUCUAACUAUUUUUUUCCAAACUGUUGCUGCAUUUCAAACAAGACGCUAAAAGGAUUUUAGCAGGUAAAUAAAUAUUACUAUUUGCAUCCAGUCAUGCUCGAUAACAUUUAUUGUGUACAUAUUACUUUACUGUGAUGAUUGUGCUUUGUUUGUUUGCUUUCUUUGUGCCAGAAGUAACCACAGACUACGUUAUUCCCCACACCUUCUUUAUGGCUUUUUUUUUCUUCUCACAUUUUGGACAAAAGUGGCAGCAUUUUCUUUGAUGCUUUCAGUAACUGCAUUUUUUUAUUGACCUUUUAUAUGUACACUGUCUAACUGUCCAUUUACAAUAUUAAAGUUUACAUGGUUAUGCA